CUCCCUCCCUCCUCCCUCCUCCGCCCAUACCUACCCACGCCGCCCUUCUUGGACCCUCCGCCAACAUGCGCACCUCCUCCGCCACCCUCGCUCUCGCAUCCUACCUCCUCGCAAGCGCCGACGCCAUCAACCUCCUCCAAAGACGAGACGGAGUCCCGCCCUCGGUAGUCCACCACAAGAUCCAGAGACGCCAUGUCGAGAACCCCAUCGCGCACGAUCGCGCUCGCAGGAUGCGAAGAUCCGACACCGUCCAGGUCAGCCUUGCCAAUGAAGAGACACUCUACUUCAUGGACGUCUCCAUUGGCACCCCCGCGCAAGCCAUGAAACUCCACAUCGACACCGGCAGCAGUGAUCUCUGGACCAAUGUUGCCAACAGCGCCUACUGCGAGUCCUCCGCCAACACCUGUCUCGGCGGCACGUACAACGCAAACGACUCCUCCACCUACAAAUACCUCAACAGUGACUUCAACAUCACCUAUGUCGAUGGCUCGGGCGCCGUGGGCGACUAUGUCGAAGAUACCGUCCAAUUCUCGGGCGUCACGCUGAAGGAGCAGGUCUUUGGUAUCGGUUAUCAAUCGAGUUCCCAAGAAGGCCUUAUCGGCAUCGGAUACCCCUCGAACGAGGCCGCCGUCUCUUACGGAUUCAAGCCGUACGCCAACGUCCCCGUAAGCCUCGUGAACCAAGGCUACAUCAAGACAAACGCCUACAGCUUGUGGCUAGACGACCUCGAGUCCUCCACCGGAUCCAUCCUCUUCGGCGGAGUCGACACCGCCAGGUACACCGGCAAGCUGGAGACCUUGCCAAUCGUCAAGACCGACGGCGUGGUCUAUGCCGAUUUUAUCAUCGCUCUCACCGAAGUUGGCUAUGGCGGGAACCAAGGGUCCAUCGCUACCAACCUCAACGUCGGUGCCAUCCUCGAUUCUGGCAGCAGUCUGAUGUAUCUACCCGAUCAGGUCGCCCAGAAGAUCUUUGACCAAGUCGGCGCCCAGUACAAUUCCCGGACCGGCGCAGCGGUUGUCGACUGCAACGUUGCCAACUCCGACGACACCAUCGACUUCACUUUCAGCUCCCCCACCAUUUCUGUCGCUCUGUCGGAGAUUAUCCUCGAGGUCGGCCAAAACCAGUGUAUCCUGGGCAUCGGUCUGGCGGGAGACAGCACACCGGUGCUUGGUGAUACGUUCCUUCGCUCGGCGUACGUCGUCUACGACAUCUCCAGCAAUGAAAUCUCCAUUGCGCAGACCGACUUCAGCGGCAAGUCCAGCAACGUCCUCGAAAUCACUGGCAACUCGAUCCCAAGCGCGACCUCGGUGAGCAACGCCGUGACUUCGGUGGUGCAAGCGAGCGGAGCCGUCAAUGUCGGCUUUUCCAGUACCGCCGCCUCUUCACACGGCGCAGCACCCACAGCUCCGGUGGGCUACAACUUGGCUUUAUUGGGGGCCGCUGGUGCCGCCAUCUUUGCUUUGUAGGGCUGUUGUCUGUUUAGCAUGGCGUUGGAUGGGUCUAGCAUAAGUGAUGAGGCGGGUUGGAAAGUUUCGCAUUUACAAAGGCUGUACAUAGACGUAUUCAUGCCUGGCAUUCGGGCUGUAUAUCUCACGAAAGACCUGGCGGGAGUCAAG